AGACUCACAGACACCAGGCUAAACAUAUUAACCUAACUGAGACAAAAUGGAAAUUAUUUCAUCAAAAUGCUUCAUUUUAUUGACUUUAGCAGUUUCAAGCUUCUUAACAUCAAACAUCUUUUGUACAGAUGAAUUGGUGAUACCCCAUUUUCACAGCAAAGAAGGUUAUGGAAAAUACUCCCAGCUGAGAGGAAUCCCAAAAGGGGAAAAGGAAAGAAGUGUCAGUUCUCAAGAACAAAAAGAUUGGGGGGCAAAGAAUGUUAUUAAGAUGAGUCCAGCCCCUGCCAACAAAGUACCCCACUCAGCAGCCAACCUGCCCCUGAGAUUUGGGAGGACCAUAGAAGAGAAAAGAAGCCCCACAGCACGGGCCAACAUGGAGGCAGGGACCAUGAGCCAUUUUCCCAGCUUGCCCCAAAGGUUUGGGAGAACAACAGCCGGAAGCAUCCUCAAGACACAGGCUGGUUUGCCACAGAAAUCCCUGCAUUCGCUGGCCUCCAGUGAGUUGCUCUACACCAUGACCUGCCAGCAUCAAGAAAUUCACAGUCCUGGUCAAAAUCAACCGAGGAGACGAGCGUUCAUGGAAACAGAUGAUGCAGAGAGGAAACCAGAAAACUAGGAACCCGCAAGCCCGGACUUCAAGAGGCUAUGAAACUGACCUGUGGUCUAAGCAGCUCUGUGGUGUUGACAAGGAGGAGCAUCGAUGAGAGCCAUUAUUCCUGUCAGUAUGGGUUAUGUUGUCAGUUGUUAACAGGAUCAGGGAUGCUUGUAAUGUAAGCUUGAAGGAACUUUUGUCAGAAUAAAACAGUAUUGUAA